AUGGCAGUGGGCAUGGUUGACACACCAGCAACUGCGCAGGGCCGUGAGGCUCUAGGAAUGUCUAUGUUACCACGAGAGAUUUUCUGGAUGAUCUUGAACUAUCUCAGUCCAAGAGACAUCGUCCGUUGCCGCCGCGUUUCCCAGUCUUGGAGUCAGAGCUUCGGAAACCCCGCAAAUCUUAUCCCACUCUUGAGGACGUUCUUUCCUUUAGCGAAAGAGGUCAGGGAGCUUCAUGGUAAAGAUAUUGACUGCGUGCUGGAAACUACAGAUGACGAUAUCUAUUGGUGCAGGCUCUUCGAUCAGCUCGCCUCUAGAUAUGAUCAUCUUAGCCAAGGGAAACCCAAAUCUAUACAGAGGCACAAACUUUGUGAUGACUUCGGCGUAUCUGGGGAAAGAGAAUGGUUUCACGUGCAACCCUGGGAAAACCAUGCUAGUCACCUAAUGCAGCGCGUUGAUUGCCCUUUCCCAGAGUCGUUUUGGUCGUAUGAGGAUGGUCUGAUAGUGUAUCCGAGCGCAGAUUACUCAUGCCUUGUGCUCUUGGACCUAGACAGUGACAGGAAAUUCAUGGUUCCUUUCAUUAUCACAGGCAAAGUGAUUCGCCGAAUUCGACUACAGAAAAGAGUUCUCGUUGUGGAGUGGGCAGAACCCAAAGCUUUCCAUUGGUUAAAUGACAGUGAUGGAGUGCAUCGCCACUUUGCUUCAUCAUUUGACGUGACAGAGGCUGCGAGUGGCUGGAGCAUCAAGUUUCGGAAUGAGUGGAAGAUCAUGUUUCUUGGUCACCCACUCAGCGAGAGGGAUCGCUUCUAUUCCACUCACAGCGAGACACACUAUGCCAUCUAUAUUUGGCAGCCCAAUCGCAGUUUGUACACUGCAGAUGAUGAUGCCCCAAUCGAGUCGCUAUCGGUCUGGGACAUCUCACAGCCAUCAGAUUACCGGCCUUCCUUGGACCCUACCGGACGUCUGCGCGCAGCAGGCCAAGAUAAUGGUCCGUCUAUUAUCACGCGGUUUGGGUUCAGAGAACUAGGGUUCUAUUCUGUCAGACAGCGAGGGUUCCCGGGUGUGCAAUGUCUGAACAUUAGUGAGGACAAUCAAUCCAUAGAUAUAGUCGAGAACUUGUGUACAGGGCCAGUCGAUCGCCUGGUUGCGCCGACAGAAUGGACGUCACAGGUGCAAAUUACUAGCAUUCCAAUAUCCGGUGACGGGCCUUGCUGGAGGCGGCUCGAUUCUCAAGCGCUUCCUCCCUACCGUGGUAGCAAUAGUCUACAAACAAAGCCCCUCACCUUUGCCAUCUGUGAUGAACCAUGGUAUGCCGUCGUCUCUGAGGCAUAUGAUGAGAAGGCCAAGGUUGGAUUCUGCCUCCAUUUGUCACCUAUUACAUGGCCGUUUGAUCUGAAAAUGUUCCUGAGCAUCCGAACUCCAUCCUCAACUAAAACAUUGAAACAUGAAGAAAUUUUCGAGCUCAUCGGUAAAGGAAGGAUUUGCGGAAAUGAAAGGCACUUGGUUGGUGAGAAUGCGAACCGCGAACUUGUCAUUUAUAGAUUUGAUCAAUAA